ACACUCCCACAAAGCUCCCAACUCCAUUGAUAUCUCCCCCCAUAAUUGCUUCCCCAACCAACUCCAUAGAUAUCCUCCAAAACUCCCCCACACCUCUCUCUCUCUCUCUCUCUCUCUCUCUCUUGACAUCUGAUGGUCUAAUCGAGAGACACAUGAAACACUUCUCACAAAAACUCCUGUUAUGCAACCCUAGAAUUUUCUGCCCUCGUUUUUCAGCGGAGCGUAAAACCUAAUAAUAAAGCUUCGAGGACUUGAAUAAAUAAUGGCGGUGUCAGAGGAAGAGUCAUCGUCGGCCAAGUCUCGAUCCAACGGCGUCCACUACCUCGCCAAGUGUGUACUCAGAGGUACCGUUGUUCUUCAGGUUGUCCAAGGCCACAUCCGCUCUCCUUCCUCCAACGACGUCGUCUUCGGCAAGGAGACAUCCAUAGAAUUGGUGGUAGUUGAUGAAGAUGGAAUUGCACAAUCCAUCUGUGAGCAGCCGGUAUUUGGCACUAUAAAAGAUCUCGCCAUUCUACCAUGGAAUGAGGACCUUCAUGCGAGAAGCCCACAGAUGACGGGGAAAGACCUUCUGGUGGUUAUUUCUGAUUCUGGGAAGCUUUCAUUUCUCACAUUUUCUAAUGAAAUGCACAGGUUUUUCCCAUUGACACAUAUACAACUUUCUGCUCCUGGCAACUCAAGGUAUCAGGUUGGAAGGAUGCUGGCUGUUGAUUCUUCUGGCUGCUUCAUUGCUGCUAGUGCAUAUGAGGAUCGAUUGGCUAUGUUCUCAGUUUCAAUGUCUGCGGGCAGUGAUAUCAUUGACAAGAGAAUAUUUUAUCCUUCUGAAAGUGAAGAGGAUUCAAGUACUUCCAGAGGUCUCACCAGUAUUUGUGGUACCAUAUGGAGCAUGUGCUUUAUUUCCAGAGAUUUUCGGUAUGCAAGUAAGGAGCACAACCCUGUAUUAGCCAUUAUAUUGAAUAGGAGGGGAUCAUUCCUGAAUGAGCUUUUGUUAUUGGAAUGGAAUAUGAAGGAACAUGCUGUUCAUGUAAUUUCUCAGUAUGCUGAAGCUGGACCUUUAGCACAUAAUGUGGUUGAAGUUCCUCAUUCUUAUGGAUUUGCCUUUCUGUUCAGGGUUGGUGAUGCUCUCUUAAUGGAUCUCAGGGAUGCUCACAACCCUUGCUGUGUCCAUAGAAUAACCUUAAGUUUUUUGCCUAGUUCAGUGGAGGAACAUAAUUUUGUUGAAGAAUCAUGUAGAGUACAUGAUGCUGAUGAAAUAUUUAAUGUAGCUGCCUCUGCGUUACUGGAGCUGGGUGACUUGCUUAAAAAUGAUGAUCCCAUGAGUAUAGAUGGAGAAUGUGACAAUCUGAAGUCAAUCUCGAACCACGUGUGCUCAUGGAGUUGGGAACCAGGAAAUGGAGAGAAUCCAAGGAUGAUUUUUUGUGUAGAUAGCGGAGAACUUUUUAUGUUUGAAAUUACUUUUGAUUCUAAUGGCCCCAGAGUUGAUCUAUCUGAAUGUCUCUACAAAGGUCUUCCAUGCAAAGCACUAUUAUGGGUCGAAGAUGGAUUUUUGGCUGCACUUGUUGAGAUGGGAGAUGGGAUGGUCUUGAAGUUGGAAGAUGGAAGGCUAGAUUACAGAAGUCCUAUUCAAAACAUUGCACCAAUCUUAGAUAUAUCAGUCAUGGAUUACCAUGAUGAGAAACAUGAUCAAGUAUUUGCUUGCUGUGGGAUGGCACCAGAAGGAUCUUUGAGGAUUAUUCGAAGUGGCAUCAGUGUAGAAAAGCUGUUGAGGACUGCCCCAAUUUAUCAAGGAAUAACUGGUACCUGGACAGUAAAGAUGAAAGCAAGUGAUUUGUAUCAUUCCUUGCUAGUGUUAUCAUUUGUUGAACAAACAAGGGUGCUAUCAGUUGGCAUAAGCUUUACGGACGUGACUGACAUAGUUGGUUUCCAGCCUGAUGUUUGUACCUUGGCAUGUGGCCUUGUGGAUGAUGGUUUGCUGGUCCAGAUAUACCAAAAUUCUGUUAGGCUUUGUUUACCUAUUGUUGCUUCCCAGCCUGAAGCUAGUCCUUUUUCAUCUCCAAUUUGUACAUCUUGGUCUCCUGAUAAUAUUAAUAUCAGUUUGGGGGCCGUUGGACAUCAUUUGAUAGUUGUAGCUACUUCCAGUCCAAGCUUCUUGUUUAUUCUUGGGGUCCGAUCUCUAUCAGCGUGUCAUUGGGAAGUAUAUGAAAUGCAACAUGUGCAAUUGCAGAAUGAAUUAUCCUGUGUUUCUAUUCCUUGGAAGCAUUUUGAGCAAAAACCAUUGACUUCACGCGAUUAUAUGGGGGAUAAGGGAGUAAUAGAUAUCCUUCCGGCUGGGGUUGACAUUAGUAAUACCUUUGUUAUUGGUACACACAAGCCUUCAGUGGAAGUGUUGUCUUUUCAACCAAAUAAAGGUCUACAAGUUCUUGGUGUGGGGUCCAUUUCUUUAACAAACACCGUAGGAACUGCGAUUAGUGGUUGUGUUCCUCAAGAUGUAAGGCUUGUAUUAGUUGAUCGGCUCUAUGUUCUUUCAGGAUUGAGGAAUGGAAUGCUACUUCGAUUUGAAUGGCCUGCUACGUCCACAAUGUUCUCAUUUGUAUCCUCCAAUCAGAGGCCUUGCAUCAGUUCCUGUUUGGUGAACUUGGAUGCUUCCUUAUUGAAGACUGGAGGGUUUGAUUUGUCUGAUAAGUCAAGGGACAAUCCUGUUCAUCUACAGCUAAUUGCAAUACGCCGCAUUGGCAUUACUCCUGCCUUCCUAAUUCCAUUGAGUGAUUCCCUCGAUGCGGACAUAAUUGCCCUCAGUGAUAGGCCUUGGUUACUGCAAACUGCCAGGCACAGCCUGUCAUAUACAUCGAUUUCUUUUCAACCUUCAACACACGUAACCCCUGUUAGUUCUGUUGAAUGCCCCAAAGGAAUUCUAUUUGUUGCAGAAAACAGUCUUCAUUUGGUGGAAAUGGUGCACACAAAAAGGCUUAAUGUGCAGAAGUUUCAUCUUGGAGGCACUCCCCGCAAGGUUUUAUAUCACAGUGAAAGUAGGUUGUUGCUUGUAAUGAGGACUGAACUAAGCCAUGAUUCAUCUUCCUCUGAUAUAUGUUGUGUAGAUCCGCUCAGUGGGUCAAUUUUAUCAUCUUUUAGACUUGAUCCUGGGGAAACAGGAAAAUGCAUGGAUUUAGUGAGGGUUGGAAAUGAACAGGUUUUGGUGAUUGGAACUAGUCUGUCUGCUGGUCCAGCUAUAAUGCCUAGUGGUGAAGCUGAAAGUACAAGGGGUCGUUUGAUUGUCCUCUGCCUUGAACAUAUGCAAAACUCAGAUAGUGCUUCUAUGACCUUUUGUUCAAAGGCUGGUUCAUCUUCUCAACGAACUUCGCCUUUCCGUGAAAUUGUUGGGUAUGCUGCUGAACAGCUAUCAAGCAGUAGUCUUUGCAGUAGCCCAGAUGAUAAUAGCAUUGAGGGGAUUAAGGUUGAAGAAACUGAAUCAUGGCAUUUGAGGUUAGCUUGUGCGACCAUAUGGCCUGGAAUGGUACUUGCCGUCUGCCCAUACCUUGAUCGUUAUUUCUUGGCAUCUGCUGGUAAUGCUUUUUAUGUCUGUGGUUUUCCAAAUGAUAAUUCUCAAAGGGUGAGAAGGCUGGCUGUAGGAAGGACACGCUUUAUGAUAAUGACUUUGACUGCUCACUUUACUAGAAUUGCUGUUGGUGAUUGCCGCGAUGGGAUCCUUUUCUAUACCUACCAUGAGGAUGCAAGGAAACUGGAUCAACUUUAUUGUGACCCUGUUCAGAGGUUGGUGGCUGAUUGUAUUCUUAUGGAUGUUGAUACUGCUGUUGUUUCAGAUCGUAAGGGGAGUAUUGCUCUCUUGUCAUGUUCAAAUCAGUUAGAAGAUAAUGCAAGUCCAGAACGCAAUCUAACACGAAGUUGUUCAUUCUAUAUGGGUGAGAUAGCUGUGAGCAUCAGGAAAGGUUCAUUUUCGUACAAACUACCAGCUGAUGACAUACUGAAGGGCUUUGAUGUUGCUAAUACAAUUAUGGAUUUGUCUCAUAAUAGUAUUAUGGCCAGUACGCUAUUAGGGAGCAUAAUAGUCUUCAUUCCUAUAUCAAGGGAAGAGCAUGCUCUUUUGGAAGCUUUGCAAGCUAGACUGGUGGUUCAUCCCCUAACUGCUCCUAUUCUAGGAAAUGAUCACAAUGAAUUCCGCAACCGUGAAAGUUCGGCUGGAGUACCCAAGAUACUUGAUGGGGAUAUGUUAGCUCAGUUCUUGGAGCUUACAAGUAUGCAACAAGAGGCGGUGCUAGAGUUACCACUUGGUUCACCAGAUACAGUGAUGUUGAGUUCAAAGCCACCUUCUUCGCCUGCACCAAUUACUGUUAACCAGGUGGUUCGACUUCUUGAACGAGUUCAUUAUGCCUUGAACUGAGUCUCAUUUUCCUGGUUACCGGUUUUCUGAAGAAAUGGCCCUCCAAGCCUCCAAGAGAAGGAAUUUUCAAAAAAUACAAGACAGGGACAUUAUCUUCGCUUCUUGCUUUUACAGAGUGAAGAAGUCCCUGCACAAGAUUCGCCAACCUGGCCCCUUGUGUACAAAACAGAUGUGUGGUUGGAAGCAAUCGGGACGAAACCGGAGAGAGAGAGUCCUUCAAUGGGGCAAACAGCUGAUUAAGGGAAGAUAUCUAUUAAGCAUAGCUUGAGUGGCGCUCCUGCUUCACAAUAUCGAUGGAAUCGCUAACUUCCAUAUGUACAGUACAAGUUCAAGAACUCCCAUGAUUAGCGCAAAACUGAUUUGUGUUGUAGGUGAAUUGGCUUUUUCUCUUUCUUUAUGACAUUUUUAUUAUUCUUUUGAAGCCCAAAUAGACUCGCAAUUUUGUAAGAUUUUCCCUUGCAAAGCAAAUAAGGCACGUAACAUGUUUUGUUGUAUUAUAUAGAUGUGGCUUUUUAGAAGAUUUGAA